AUUCCCGCGAUUUAUUUGUAAACAAAAAGGAAUUUAGCUUUGUACAAUAUUGAAUAAUUAUGAGUACAACACGUCUCGAAACAACUUACGAUAAUAUUUCGUCAGGAUUCUAUCGCAAAGAACAACAAUUCAAAAAGCAAUUUUGUCAUAUUUAUGCUUCUCGUCUUUCACAAAUUAGUGAACUUUUAAAAAGCAAAGCAACCAAGAAGUUUGGUAAGAAAUACCCGUUUAAAAAGAUUUCCGAACUCUCAGAAGAUUCCCCCGAAACUUGCAUCAUUUUUGGAACAUUCUUUAAACAUCAAGAACUUAAGCCAAGCAUUUUGAAAGAAAUUUCUGAAGACAAUCAGUUAGUGCCUCUUCCACCACGUUCUAAUUACAACGAUGAGAGUGACUUCUUGAUUCUAGAAGAUGAAUUACAACGUAUACGAUUGGAUGGAAAGAUUAACGUCCCAGAAAUGGUUACAGGAAUCGUUGGAGCUGUUCUAGGAUACAUUGAAGCAGCAGGCGUUUUUGUGGUUGAAGAUUUCGUUUUCUACGAGAGUGGCCCAGAAAUUCCUUUGAAAGCGAUAAACUUUUCGCCUCUGAUUGUUUUCUUAAGUGGAUUGGAUCUUGCAAAUGUUGACAACGAUUCCUUGUCGCUUGAUUUAUUCCAACAAUGGCUUUAUGGAAAUCUCGAGUUGCCAACAGACGACGAUAUAAAUCCAGUCAAUGUGGUUCGUGUUGUCAUCGCUGGAAAUUCAAUUCGAGCUUCUCCAGCUAAACAGCAGAAAAAUAUGAGUUCAUUAACUUUAAGAACAUUCGACACCAAAGAUAUGUUGAGCAGUUUGAAACUUCUUGAUGACGUCCUUUCAAACAUGUCACAAUCAGUUGAAGUUGACUUGAUGCCUGGUGAAUUUGAUCCUUCAAAUCAUAUGUUGCCGCAGCAACCGUUCCAUCAUUGCAUGUUUCCAAAAAGUGCUGUCAUUCGUGAGUUUAACGGAGUCACAAAUCCAUAUCAAUUUGAAAUCGAAGGUCGUUUGAUUCUUGGAACAUCGGGACAGAAUAUUGAUGACAUUAAAAAAUUCUCAACAGUCGAAGAUCCAAUUGAAUGCAUGAAAAACACUUUGAAGUGGUCCCACAUUGCACCAACAUGUCCUGAUACACUUCCUUGUUAUCCAUACUACGAUGAAGAUCCUUUCAUCAUCAAAAAAUGUCCGCAUGUUUAUUUCUGUGCUCAAAAUGAUGGAAAUAUCAGAAGUGAAAAUUAUAAAAAUUCCAAUGGACAAACCACUCGAUUAAUAACAAUCCCAUCAUUUCAAAAAUCUCAAACAGUUGCUGUUCUUAAUCUUAAAACAUUAGAAUGUAAAAACAUUUGUUUUGCUAUCAACUCCGAUUCACAUUCAGAAGAAUAACAUGAUGUAAAAGAUUGUAGGGUUAAUUUAAGAAGAUUGCUGAGUUAACUUACUUAAGAUUAGAUUAUCUACAUUAAAUUUUCCUAUAAAUGCUACUUUUGACCAAAUAAAAUAAAGAAAAGCUUUUUUAAAAUUUGCAUUAUUUUCAUUUAAUGUUUUAAAUUAUUCGGAUCCAUACUUACAUCAAUUCAUUCAACC